AUGCGCUAAUGCAAGCCACGUGCAACUCGAAGCGGUAGUUUUGUCUCCGGCAGUCUUCUGCGUAUCCCCUCGACGAAAAAAGGGAAAUAGGGCUUUUGAUAGGUUCGACUACCUUCCCCCUGUUGUGUGCAGCAUCAGAAGUGACUCGAUUAUUGUAAUCUCAGCGGUGUGGGGCACGUGACAUGGCGGACAACAGCCAGAAGCUGCCGCAGAGGGAGGCCGGAGUUUUCAAAAAGAUUGUCCGUUGCUACGAGUGCAAGCAGUACAAGAACGGUUUGAAGUUCAGUCGGCAGAUCCUCUCCAACCCCAAGCUUAGCGAGCAUGGAGAGACGCUGGCUAUGAAAGGGUUAAUCCUGAACUGUAUGGGUCGGAAGGAGGAGGCCUACGACCACGUGAGACGAGGACUCAAAAACGACAUAAAGAGUCAUGUCUGUUGGCACGUGUACGGGCUUCUCCAGAGGUCAGACAAGAAGUACGAGGAGGCCAUCAAGUGCUACAGAAAUGCCCUCAAGUGGGACCACGAGAACGUGCAGAUCCUCAGAGAUCUCUCACUACUGCAGAUCCAGAUGAGGGACAUUGAGGGGUUCAGGGACACCAGGUACCAGCUGCUGAAGGCGCGGCCGGCGCAGCGAAGCUCCUGGGUGGGGUAUGCCCUGUCGUAUCACCUCAUCAGGGACUACACCAUGUCUCUCAAAGUCAUGGAGGAGUACAGGAAGACACAAGUCCCUGGACUGACGAAACCAGACUAUGAGUUCAACGAGAUGGUUCUGUACGAGAGUCAGCUGCUGCUGGAGUCGGGAAGACCAGACGAAGCUCUGAAACAUCUGCAGGCCUUCGAGCAGCACAUCUGCGACUUCCUCACCUACUGGGAGACCAAGGCUGAGAUCCUGUACAGUCUGGACAGACUGUCAGAGGCAGAGUGUCUGUAUCGCGAACUCAUCCACAGAAAUCCGGAGAACUACUUCUAUUUCGACCAACUCGAAAAGUGUCUCUUGUUAGAGGAAGACGAGAGCCGUCUACAGCUCUAUCUCAGUCUACAGGACAUCUACCGGAGAUCUCACUCUGUCCGCAGAAUUCCACUCAAGUUCACUACAGGUGACACGUUCGCAAACCUGGUGGACAAAUACCUGCGAAAGGGGCUCCACAAAGGAAUGCACUCGCUGUUUAUGAGCAUACACAAUCUGUACUCUGACCCCACGAAGGUACAGGUCGUAGGUGAUUUGGUUGCUGGGUACCUCCAGUCCCUCAGGACAUGCGGUCACUUCCUCCCAAAAGAGUCUGGCCCGGCUGAGCCGCCGACCUCGUACCUCUGGUCCCUCUACCUCUCUGCCCAGCACUACAACAGAAUAGGGCCAGUCUCUGAGAGCUCUGGAGCUCAUUGAUGCGCCAUUGAACACACUCCGACUGAGGUCCAGCUGUACAUGUUGAAGGCUAAGAUACUAAAGCAUGCUGGAGACAUUGAGCAAGCGGCGAUGUUCAUGAACGAAGCGAGGACACUAGACACGGCCGAUCGGUUCGUCAACUGCAAGUGUGCCAAGUACUACCUGAGGAGUAGCGCAAUAGACACUGCCAUCGAGACUGCAGCCCUCUUCACAAGAGAGGGGUUGCCACCUCUGCAGACAAUGGACGAGAUGCAGUGUAUGUGGUUUCAGCUGGAGAUGGCGCGCGCGUUCCACCGGCUCGGGAAACUUGGGGAGGCUCUGCAGAAACUGCACGAAAUCGAUCAGCAUUUUGUUGACAUAAUUGACGAUCAGUUCGAUUUCCACACUUACUGCAUGCGAAAGAUGACACUUCGAGCCUACAUUGGAGUUCUAAAGUUGGAGGAUAAGUUGAGAGACCAUCCGUUCUACUCUGCAUGUGCCAAGUUGGCAAUAGAGAUCUACGUCUAUCUCCAUGACAAUCCGUCUGCCAAGUCGGCCAAAUUGAAUGGACCGACGGCACCCGAAGAGCAGCUGUCAGCGUCAGAGCUAAAGAAACUCCACAGGAAACAGAAGAAGGCACAGCUGAAGGCGCAGGCGGCCAAAGCUGCAGAGGAGAAAACCAGGGAGAGCAAGACCCACGGGAAGGGAGGAGGAGGAGAAGAGGACAAGAAGGUGGAGGAGAGAGAGCCAAAGUUUGACCCUGACAAACUACUCCAGACAGACAAGCCUCUGGAGGAGGCGGUGAAGUUCCUGGUGCCACUGCAGACUCUGUCGCCCGGCAACGUGGCCACCCACACGCUGGCCUACGAGAUCCACUCUCGACGACGGAGAUUUCUUAUAAUGCUGCAGGCCCUGAAGAGACUCCAUGCCAUUGACCCUGAUGAUGGAGACUUCCACCGAAUACUGGUGGACUUUGUUCUGACCGUUGAGACUACUCGAGCCAGUCUCCCGGAGCCAGUAUUGGAGGUAAUUACAGGGACUCUCCCUGGACUCACUGGAGGUCUGGAGUUGACUCAACUCAACCAGAGGUUCCUCGACGAACACCAACACUCACUUCCACAUCUCAUUCCAGGUUGUCGUGCUCUGUACCGACUUUAUCCUGACGCCAAGGAAAGAGCCCUCAGCUGCAUCUGCUCUCUUUCUGACAAACUAAGGGGGAGGACCCUCAAGAGGUGCAUAGAGAUUCAUUCACUACUGCAGAGUGGAGAGUUUGGCGACUACUCCGACCACAUAAAAUCUUACGCACGCAGUUGCUCUGCCCUGUUUCCAUUAGCAACGACCUUUAAACCCACCGAGCCGCCCGACAAGCAGAAGGCGGAGUCUAGAAACGAACCUUUAGCCAGCAAUAGUAUUGACCAAGACCUCAGCAGCGCCACUGAACAGAGAUUGAAUCUAGACUAA